AGAAAUAGAGAGAGAGAAUCAUGAACCAUGAAAAAUUUGGUUGCUUAUAAAAAGGGGAAAAACAGCUUCUCUUCUCUACCAUUCGAAUUUGCAACAAUCUCGCUUUUCGCGUCUCAUUCAAGGAACAAAGCACUUAUUCUCCACUUACAUUAAUUCAACUGCAUUUUUAGCUUCUUCACUGAUUCAUUGGCUUCUUAAGGAUCAAUUGGCUGCAAAGUUUACCGAUUAAACCCUUGUUGGAGCAUUAUUUGGUAUAUCAAUUGUGCCAUUACACCAUCUAGAAAAUCAUUCAGUUGAGUUUUCUAUAUCAAAUACGAAUUUCAUUUACAUUUCGUAUGUUACUGAAAGUUCUGUUUUAUUUAGAAACAUAUACCAGUGAUAUUGAUAUUGUUGAGAAUGAAUUUCUUAAACAGGAGGUAGCCAUGCUUAGUCCUGAAGGUGAACUGAAAAUAAGUUUCGGCUAUCAAUGCAAUAGCCACAAAGGCAUCCCUUGCAAAGUUGCCAAUGGCUGCAAAAUCAUUCCUGAAUUCCGAAGAACGAGCAGUUUCUCUUGCUUGUCAGGUGCUGCCAUAAGUGCAAACGCUACACUUGCCAACACAAACAUCUGCAAUGGUUUGAUAGGAGAAGAAAUCCUUCCGAAUUUGGACUCUCCUAAUUCAUUUCGGCGGGUACCCUCUUCGCCAAAUUUUGGAGACACGCUAUCAUCUUCUCUCCAUAGUAGUUUGUCAAACCUAAGUUGCAGCCCGUCCAGUCCAAGUAAUAUGCUUGAAAAUGACCCUUGUUCGUUAAGAUUCAUGAGCCCUCCUUCUAGAAGUGAUUGUUUCCAUAAUGCUACGGAAGUACAAGUAGCAGGAGGAGCUGCUGGCGAAGAUAGAGUUCAAGCAGUUUGUUCCGAAGAAAAGGGGUGGCUUUUUUGCGCAAUUUAUGACGGCUUUAAUGGGAGGGAUGCAGCGGACUUUCUUGCCUGUACACUUUAUGACUCUAUUGUAUCUUAUCUAAAUACAAUAGAUUGGGAUUCAGAACCAAAUUCCAUCAAGAAUGCUUCUGACAACGAGUGUUUGGAUGAUAGUCGUAUUCUUAAUGGGUGCCAAUCUUCAUCGAGUAAAUCAUUUUCGCAUGUGGUACUUGAUAACCUCAAACACAUUCUUAGUCAGGUUGAGAAUGAUUUCUUGUACAUGGUUGAGCAGGAAAUGGAGGAACGUCCGGAUUUAGUCUCAAUUGGAUCUUGUGUUUUACUCGUGCUUCUUCACGGGAAUGAUUUGUGUACACUCAAUCUAGGGGACAGUAGAGCAGUGCUUGCGACAUGCAGUACAAGUAAUGGAAUGAACGGGAAUGAGAGAUUGAAAGCUAUUCAGCUUACUGAUGGUCAUACUGUUGACAAUGAAGAUGAAAGAACUCAACUUCUUGCUAGUCAUCCUGAUGAUCCUAAGACCAUUGUAUCAGGGAGAGUGAAAGGCAAAUUGAAGGUUACACGCGCUUUUGGAGUUGGCUACUUGAAAAAGAAAAUUCUGAAUGAUGCAUUAAUGGGAAUCCUUCGAGUUCGUGAUCUUAAAAGCCCACCAUAUGUUUCAACUGAACCAUCAUUGAAUGUGCAUAAAAUCUCUACUUCUGAUCAAUUCGUUAUAGUUGCAAGUGAUGGUUUAUUCGACUUCUUCAGCAACGAGGAAGCAGUAAAUCUCGUCGAGUCUUACAUCUUAAGAAAUCCUCACGGUGAUCCAGCUAAAUUUCUCAUUGAAGAAUUAGUAACAAAAGCAGCUGAUUCUGCAGGUUUCACCACGGAGGAGUUGAUGAAUGUUCCGGAUGGGAGGAGGAGAAAGUAUCAUGAUGAUGUCACUGUAAUGGUGAUCAUCCUUGGAAUGAAUAAACGGACUUCAAAGGCGUCAAUUUGCAUCUAAACAGUCGCCAAGGAAAAUUUGGGUAUGAAGCUUUUCGAUAGACAGCUUAGUCAUGUAGUUUAUUCUAGAAAGUUAUGAUAUUCAAAGAUUGUACAUAUGACAAUUUUGAACUUAGAAUCAUUAGUUCCUUUGGUAUUCAAAUAUUUUGUUUUAGUGGUUCCAUUUUGCAGUAGAAAUCUAUGUUAAAUUAAAUAUAGGUUGGUUUACAGAUUAUGAUGAAUUCAAUCCAUUAUUUGCUUGCCAUAAUAAUAUAUUUGUGGAAUUCAAAUUAA